GUUAUUAAUACCUCAGAAAGAGAUUGAGACAUUCUACUCAUCUCUGUCUGUCUCGUAAGAACGCGAACUUUGUUAUAUUCCAUGUUGAUUUCUCACGACUAGCUACAACUCAAUUUUUGGACGGUUUUCCCUAACAAGUGUCGAGACCCGUUUGUACAAUCGUGAUGUAGACUAAUAUAGAGGAUAAAUCGCUACUAUAUUUUUCAUUUUAAUUUAUUCACAGUAUUAAUUUGCAUCGUUAACCUUCAAAAGUUAUAUACAUUGUUUACUUUUAAUGUAACAAUAACCAUAAAUAUACGAACUUAACAUGAUUUGGAAGAUCAGUUGUUCCUGAUAUAAGGGUAGUGUUAUAACUAUACAAUCUAAUGUAUAACAGUUGUUGCACUUGAAAAUACUUCCCCCUUUUAAUUUCUAAAAUGUGAUUGUUCUAUAUUUGCAUUGUAUUUUGACAAAUUCGUCUUAAAAAUGGAUUUCUUGAAUGUAAAGUUUCUUAAUUUUAACUUAUUCAAAACUCUUGUUUUAAAAUGUACCGAUACGAUCUUAUCAAAAAGUAUAUAGAGCAAGAUUUAAGAUAAAAGUUUUUAUUGAUUAAGAAUAAAAUAUUGUAUGCAUUAUACUUUUACAUUAAAUUAAAUUAAAUAUUAUGUAUAUAUAUAAAUUGCAUAAAUAUAAACUGUAUAGAAUUUGUAUUUUUUUUAAAUUUUAUUAUUAUAAACAAUAUAUAUAGAUUGUUAUAUAAUAUAUAUUAUUGUCGAAUAUUCUAAAUUUCAUAAUAUUGCUAGUUGAGAUAAAUUAUUCGUUCUUUUGUUUCCUUAUUCCAUUAAUCAUUUGUCAUUCAGUCAAAAGUAUCAACUUGCAAAGGUUAAUUCCUUUAUAAAAUUAAUCUCUUUAUAAAUUUCUCGUAUAUUACAAUAUAUUUUAAAUACAAAAGUCAUGCAUCAAACAGCUCCAAAGUGUAAUGUGAAAUCGUGUUCGAACAACGAUGUUCCACCAUCGUCAGUAGUUCGCGCUUGUCUUGGUCCAUCUUUAGCACAGGUGUUUUUCAAUUAUACUCAUCAUGAUACGAUAAAGUUGUUGGAUGUAUUGACACCAUCAAAAACAUCAAAAGCAUGCUUUCCAAUUCCAUCUGACCAUCAUUUACCCAAAACCAAAUUCAUGCCGUCAACAGAUUAUCAAAUCGUAAAAGCAUUCGUGCACCAAAAUAUAUUAGAAAUUGGUGAAGCUCUCUUAGGACGUGUGAAAAAGGAAAUUGAAGAAAAUCUAAAGGACAAAAUAGAAAGGCAAUCGCGAGAGAAGUUUUAUAUGUAUCAAGCGAAAAAAAGGCAAGAAGCUGAGCUGCACGUUCAACAGUUGCAUGAAAAAUAUGAAAAUUAUAUUGAAACUGUCCGACGUGAAUUACAAAAACAACUUGAAGGAGAAUGGUCUAAAGCAGCCGCAGAAUGUGCUAAGAACAUUCAAAAAGCAGUUGUACAAGAACGAAUAAACGUGACUAACGAAGUGACGCGAAAAAUGCGCGCGGAAAUGACUCACGUUGUCCUAUCGUUGUACAAAGAAUUUGAAAAGCUGUUUUGCGCCCAAAGGGACAAUAUAAUUGCCGAUUUUAAUCAGAUAAUGAGGGCGCAGCAUGUAAAAUUGAAAAAAGAAAUGCUGGACUUUAAAGAGAAGAUGAGCAGAGAUUUACAUAUUCAGAGACAUCAGUUUGAAAUACAAAAUGCCGCAGAUUUAAUUUAUAUCCUCUGUGUGGAACGAUUACGAAGUAAUAAAGAGAAACAUAUAAUGCAUGAAUACUUUCAGGUAACGAAAUUAUUUGAAUUUCGCUUGUUAUAUGAGAAAAAAUAUUUCAUAGGAAAUUAUGCUUUAAUACAGCAACAAAUCAAUGAAUUUUAUGAAUUAAUGGUCCGCUUAAAAGAUAUAAUAACCAUCAUGAAAAAAGAAAUUGUCGAUUGUCAUAUGGAGAAGAAAUUAUUGGGUGAAGAGCUUUGUAAAGUUACUAAACAUCUUCAGAAGUUUAUUAAUUUUGUGUUUCAUGCUAUACCGGGCCAAGCAGACUAUCUAUUACCGUUAUGA